CGACAAAUCAAGCCCGCUAGGAACCAACCCAUCCGGGAAUCCGUAAUUUGGUGCAGUGCAGUAACUUCCCGUCAACACUCCAUCCAUCCCGCCGCUGCGUCCACCCCCACCAUCAUGCCGCCUUACUCGAGUCUGCAGAAGCAGCAAAUAGCACAGUUUAUCAGUUUCACGCAAGCGAAAGACACGGCAGCUGCCAAGUUCUUGAAAGCAGCACGAUGGAACCUUGAAGAGGCUAUCGAUACAUACUUCCAAAGCCCCGCCGGAGCGGGGGGAAGCACCAGUGCGAUUAACAAGAUCUUCGACAGCUACAGAGACUCCCCAACCGACAACCCGGACGGAAUCGGCAUCGAAGGCGUAAUGAAAUACCUGGGCGACGUCUCCGUGCAGCUCGACGAAGUAACCUGCCUAGCGAUCGCCGAGCUCGUGCAAUCGCCAUCGAUGGGCGAAUUCACGCGCGAAGGAUUUUUAAAUGGGUGGAGAGCAGUCGGAGCCGACACCCUCCCCAAAAUGACCGCCCACGCCGCGGAGCUACGCGCGCGGCUCCCGAUCCAACCGGACCUCUUCCGGCGCGUGUACCGGUACACGUUCCUGCUGUGCCGGAUGCCCGGGCAGCGGAACCUGCAGUUCGACAUCGCGGCGGAGCAGUGGCGGCUGUUCUUCACGCCGGACCACGGCGGCGUGGCGUGGCGCUCGGCCGCCUCGCCGUGGCUGGACUGGUGGCUGGAGUUCCUGGAGGCGCGCGGCCGGCGGCCCGUCAAUAAGGAUCUGUGGGAGCAGGUCGAGGUGUUUAUGCGGAAGACGGGCGAGGAUGAGGGGUUGGGCUGGUGGAGUGCAGAUGGCGCGUGGCCGGGGGUAAUCGAUGAGUUUGUGGAGUUUGUGGUUGCGAAGCGGAGGGGUGGCGGGGGGGAGAUGGAGGUUGAGUAGUUGAUUUUACGCUUGCGCGAAUGUGGA